CAUUGAACGCGACAAAACACAUUUUUAUUUAAGUAUAUUGGCAACAUUGAGUUUUGUCAAUCAACCAUUUUGAAGUAUCAUUCCCGAGAUUGGACUGUUGUUUCGUUUUCGUUAAAUAUCUAAAACUUUAAAGAAAAAUGGGAUUAGCCACUGUUAUUGAAAACGAGGCGCAUUUCCAAUCGGAAAUGGCCAACGCAGGCACCAAAUUAGUGGUCGUGGAUUUCACAGCUACUUGGUGCCCGCCGUGUCAGAGGAUUGCUCCGUUCUUUGAACAGCUGCCUGCCAAGUUUCCUAGGGCUGUGUUCUUGAAGGUGGACGUGGAUAGAUGCGCGGAGACUGCUGGUGCUCAGGGCAUUAGCGCGAUGCCCACAUUCAUUUUCUAUAGAAACAGAACAAGAAUUGAUCGGUUACAAGGUGCUGACUCUGCCACAUUAGAAAAUAAAGUUAGACAGUAUUACGGUACUGAAACUGAAGAGGCUGGUGAUGAAGACAAUUCUGUUGCUGGGCAUAUGGAUUUGGUGACAUUUAUAACUAAGAAUGAGUGUGAGUGUCUGAAUGAGGCUGAUGAUCAUCCUUUGGCUCAUGCUCUGACUGCAGGAAGGGGAUAUCUGGCGAGCGACUGUGAUGCGCAGCUCAUUAUUAACGUCUCAUUCAAUCAAGUGGUGAAACUGCACUCAUUGAAGAUCAAAGCCCCAGCUGAUAAGGGGCCUAAGUUCGUAAAACUCUUCAUCAACCAGCCGAGGACACUGGACUUUGAACAGGCUUCCAGGAAUGUCUCAGUACAGGAUGUGGAGUUUACUCCAGGUGAUCUGGAGGGCAAACCAGUUCCACUCAAGUUUGUGAAGUUCCAAACUGUUCAGAAUAUUCAGUUAUUCAUAUCGGACAAUCAGGGAAGUGGUGAUGUCACACAGAUCGACCAUCUGGCGUUCUACGGCUCCCCUAUUUCAACAACAAAUAUGGGAGAGUUCAAACGUGUUGCUGGUAAAAAGGGGGAAAGCCAUUAAUUCCGCUCAAUAUAGGUAGUUCAGUUUUGUAAAUAUGUGUAUUCAGACAAAAAUGUAAUCAGUGAAACUGUGUGAAUGGUAAUGCUUCUACCAAAUGCCAAAAUGUAUGGACUGAUUUUAAUGAGCUUGUAUACAUUUUGGUAUGACUUUAUAAUAUCCAUCAUAUUUUAUAAC